CUGGCAAAGUGGAGCGGGUGGAGAAAGGACACAGGGAUUCAGGGGCUGAAGGAAAUGUUGGCCACUGAGACCCAUCGAGCUCUGGCUGUUCAGCAUCUCAGAACCAACCCCAGGGGUGACUCUGCUCACUCUGGUGAAUGGUGUAAAUACCUUCCUGGGCAGAAAAUACCAGAUUCCGGCCGGCUCUGUAAUCCAGAACAAGGCAGUUCCACGCCUGAGCAGAGGACAGAGAGGAACCAGGAAGGCAGAGGUGGACAAUCAGCCGUUUCGAGGCCAUCAGAAGAGCGGGCGGACAGGAGCCGGGCCAAGGAGCUGACUCAUGAACCCGCUUCCCCUCCAGAUCUGGCCUGCCGGGGAGCCAGGACAGUGCCGCCAGCGGGAUCCCGGAGCCACCGGCCUCUGAACCGCACGGUCUGUCCCCACGGGAAACCGAGGAGGGAAGGCGGCUUCCGGGCUCACCCCUGGGAGAGAGAAAGGCAUCGGGGGGCAGGUAGAUGGUGUGGGACGGAGACGGGACCUUGGGACUGGCCCGGUCCCCAUCGCAGCUUCCUGAAGCAGGGGGUGGUGCCACACUCCCCACAUGGCAGCUGGGUGCCCCCCGUAACGCCAGUCAAACUGGACGCCUUGGGCCCACCCGCCCACCACUCCCAGCCCAGCAGGGACUCACCAGCAGCCUCCCUGCACCAUGCCGGCCAGGGGCCGAAGGGAUCGGCUGUGGGCAGAUACCACGAUGCCACAACCAUCACUGACCUGUGUAGCUGCGGUAACGUCCCCGAGGUGGAGAUCAUCAGCCUGCUGGGGGAGCAGCUACCCCACUACACCCUGCGGGCCGACACUCUCUUCGGGUACGAACACGACGACUGGCUGCACACGCCCCUGCUGCCCCCCGAGGCGCCCACCCCCCUGACGCCCCAGCAGAUUGAGGAGACCCUGAAGUACUUCCUUCUCUGUUCCGAGCGGGUCGGCAGGAUCACAAAGACCUACCAUGAUCUUGACGCGGUGACCAACCUGCUGGAGGAGAAGGAGCGGGACCUGGAGCUCGCGGCCCGGAUCGGGCAGUCCCUGCUGAAGCAGAACCGGAGCCUGACAGAGCGAAAUGAGCUCCUGGAGGAGCAGCUGGAGCUGGCUAAGGAGGAGGUUGCCCAACUGCGGCACGAGGUCUCCAUGCGGGAUGACCUGCUCCAUCUCUACACCAACACCGUGGAGGACAGCGAGCCAGCCACAGUCACUGCCACGCCGCUGCGGCGGAACGAGUCCUCCCUGUCCCUGCAGCAGCACAUCCAGUACGACCUCCUGCAGCAGAAACUCAGGGUCCUGGAGGAGGAGAACCAGAAGCUGCGCUCGGAGGCCACCAGCAUCGCCACGGAAACCUGCCAGUACGAGGACCAGGAGCAGCAGCUGAUGCUGGACUGUGUGGAACAGUUCUCUGAAGCCAGCCGGCAUGUGGCCUCUCUCUCCGAGGAGCUGGCCCGCAAGACCGAGGACACGGCCCGGCAGCAGGAGGAGAUCAGCCAGCUCCUGGCCCAGAUCGUGGACCUGCAGCAGAAGUGCCGGACGUACGGCGUGGAGCUGGAGGAGCUGCAGCAGCAUCUGGCCGCGACGAAGGCGUCUCAGCAGAACCUGCGCACUGAGAUGCAGGACCUGCAGGAAAAAUACGCCGAGUGCGAGGGCAUGCUGCACGAGGCCCAGGAGGAGAUCAAAGGCCUGCGCACCCGGAACCUCCCCAGCAGCAGCCUGAAUCGCUACAGCCUACUGCCCCUGGACUCGCUGGCCGCGGAGAUCAAAGGGAUCAUGAGGAAAGGAGCCGACAGCUCGUCGUCCUCGGAGUACCAGAGCUACAAGCGGGUCUUCGAGACGGUGAAGGUCGUGAACCAGGCAGUCAAAGCCAAGUCCCGUGCGGAGUCACCCCAAAACCUGCCCAGCUCCAAACCGUCCUCUGCUCUCCCCUCGGCAGGGUGCAGCCGGGUCAGCACACCCCGCACCAGCUACUACGGGUCAGACAGCGCCAGCCUGGCCCUGGAGAACCUGGAAAGCGGCCUGGGUGAGGAGAAGCUGCGGGGCACCCCGGGCACCCCAGGCAGGCAUGACCUGGAGGCAGCGCUGCAGCGUCUGUCCGCCCGCCAGGAGAGCCAUGCCUCGGAGCGCUCCUUCUUCGAGACGGAGCGUGAGCAGAAGCUGAACCAACUGGCUGGGGAUGUGGAGAGCUCCAGCGGCUUCCUCACGCCCAAUGACAGCAUCCUGUCCACCGGUACCAACUACUCGGGCAGCUCGGAGCACACCGGGGGCUCCAGCUUCUCCCUCGGCUCCCUCUCCUAUCUGCCGGACAAGCUGCAGAUCGUCAAGCCCCUGGAAGGCUCGGUGACUCUCCACCACUGGCAGCAGCUGGCGAAGCCCAACCUGGGUGGGAUCCUGGACCCCCGGCCCGGCGUGCUCACCAAAGAUUUCCGGCAGCUGGACGUGGACCUGGAGGAGAUCUACAACCUGAACGACCUGGAGGAGGAUGAGGUGGACCUGAGCGCCUUCCCAGCACUCGCUGCCUCCACACCAUCCAAAGCCAAGGGCUGCUCCAGUGUGUUCCACUCCUCCAUUAACAACCUUCCCCAGACUCCAUCUACAUUCACCAUCACCACCUGCCGCAUCUUACACCCCAGCAAGGAGAUCACCAUGGUGACGCCCAGUCUUUAUAAUACAGUCGUGCCCUCUUGUGGGCCCUUUGAGAGGCUGAGAGCCGCCGGCCCCAUGCCCCAGGCGCUGGAGCCUGGCCCCCGAGCACCUCUCGGACUCGUCAUGCUGCUGCUGGAACACGGCAUCUCGGCCUCGGUGCGGGCUGGCAACGCCCUGGCUGCGCUGCGGGCCCCAGAGCCCUCCUCCUGGCUCUCCCCCUUGAGGGAGCAGUGGGACAGCCUGGGGGGAAGGUCUCAGGGCAGCUCAGGCUUGGCUCAGCCCUUCUCAAGGGCCCCCGGGCUGGAUGACGGCAGCGCUGCUGAGCCCAGCGGAGCCCAGAACAAGAGCAACAUCUUCAGCUGGAACCUGGUGGAGAAGCUGAAGAGACUCAGGCUGGACAAAGUGGUGGCCAGAGGAGAGGCCUCCUUCCAGGGCGCAGGGGAGAGCAGACAGCCCACCGCGGCGCUGGCCCCCACCACACAGCCAUGAGCUGGUUCUAGGGACUCUGCCCCGACUGGGAGCCUGUGAGCCUCUUGGCUGGGACAUGAUGCCCUGCAGAACAACGUGGCUCCCACUUGGGCCUCCCCAGAGCCCUUUCCAGCCAGCCAGGAGCUGGCAGAGGGGUAUGUGUGUGGUGGGGGGUGAGAGCAGUGAUCUGUCUGGGUCUUGGCUGCUGGCAGGAGCUGGGCUCAGCAGAGGGGUCUGCUCUGUUGUCUUAAUUUAUUUCCAGCCACAGGUGAUGGGGGGGGCCACAGGUGAUGGGGGUGAGGUGACCAUUUUCUGAGUGGCUGUGAUAACAGGUGCAUCAGUUGCUGCAGUUUAAUAGGCACCUGGGAUCUCUGCCACUGAGCUGGGAGUAGGGGAUGUGUCCCCUGGGGCUCAGGCUGCCCCAUAGCACCCCCCUGGUGCAGCAGGUCUCCCGCAUGCCCUGUGCUAAGGGGGUGAGGGUGGGGACACUGCUGAGCUGGAACUCAGCCUUGGCCUGUAACGUUGGCUCUGGGCUCUUGGAGCCGGGCUGUUUCCCCAGCAGUAGCAGAGGGCCUUGCCUGCCGGGGGAGCCUUGGUGCAGCUAAUGCUGCCCAUCCCGUCUCAGAGUGAUCCACUGGCCUGUCCUCCCUCUGCAGGACAGCAGCAUCUCAGCCUCCACUGCACCUGAGGGGCUGUGUGUGUGUGUGUGGGGGGGUUUAGGACCACAAAACUGGGUCUGGACGCUCGGGCUGAGGGCCAGCGGCUCUGGAGAGGGAAGUGUUGCACAGCCUCUGCUCCUAGGGGCUCUAGCCACCUCCCCAAGCCCUGAGCUUGCCUUCAGCGAAGCUGGUGGGCACAGAUUUGGGGGGGGGGGGUGUCUGCCCUUGGAACUGCAGGCAGGGAAGUGGCUCAGUUCUGUGGUUUAUGUGAGGUGGUACUGGUGCCUCCUGUCACUGCCUGAGCCCCCUCCCUACACUUGCUCUUAGCCGAACACGCGGUGGGGGGGAAGGCUGGGUCCUGCAGCCGUGCCUGUCCAGGGGAGGGGGCUGAGGACCUAGAUGAGGAACAGGCAGGGUUGUUCCAGCCAGGGAGGGGGGCAGUGACACUCUUAGGGACAAGCCAGGUCCUUGGAACAGACUGAGGGCCGGACCUGGCUGCGGGGGGAGGAAUCUGCUCCCCGGGAGGGCAGGGAGGGAGGGAGUCAGUGCAGGAUGUUCUGCUCGGCUGUUAAUAUUGGACAAUAGCAGAACUGCCCAGCCCUGCCCAAGCAAUUCUGGCCCGAGUCCCUGGACUGGGCUCUGCUCGAAUCCCUGGGUGGGCAGGGCAGGUCUGGGCUGGGCUGUGUGAUUUCCAGCCCCCCAGCGGGAGGCAGCCCCGGGCCAGCACCGACCUGUCGUUUUAAAACAGAGAUUUUUAAACAACUGUUUUGUCUUGUACCAAUAAACUAAGCUACUGAGAAGGCUCCCUGCAGGGGCCUGCAUGCUGCUGGGGGGUAGUGGCUGUUGCAUGCACAUCUGCUGCUCCCAAAGUCCCGCUGUUCUCCAUACGUCUCUGCGCUAGCUGGUGUCGUUUCCCCCCCCCCCCCCCCCGCAAUGACUCCCCCCUAGCUGUGUCUUUCUGGUGAA